AGUGGCUUCUUAUGCCUUCAGGACCGUAGCCACCAUGGCAUCUGAGAGCAUCCUUAACGAAUUCUCUGAUGAAACGACAUGCACCAUCUGCCUGGAGUGCUUCCGGGACCCCGUGACGAUCGACUGUGGGCACAAUUUCUGCCAGGCCUGCCUCAGCCAGUACUGGGAGGAAGCGGGCAAAGAGGUGUCCUGCCCUCAGUGCAGAGAAACGAUUCAGCAUAAGCAGUUUCGGCCAAACCGGCAACUGGCCAAUGUGGCCAAUCUGGUCAAGAAGCUUCAAAAGAAAAAAGAUUUAGAAGCGAGGAUGGGCAUGUGUGAGAAACACCAAGGCUUGCUCACCCUCUUCUGCAAGGACGACGGAGCCCCCAUCUGUAUAGUAUGCAAGAAGUUCCUGCACCGCAAUCACAAUGUGGUCCCUGUUGAGGAGGCUGUCCAAAGCUACAAGGAAGAAUUCAAAGUCUUUUUGGAACGCCUGAAGAAAGAAAAAGAGACACUGAAGCGUCUGAAAUCUCUUGAAGAGCUGCGGAGACAGGAAUUUCGGAAAAUGUUAGAACUGGAGUACAAGAAGGCCAGAGUUGCCUUUGAUAAAAUGCGGCAGUAUCUUGAAGAGAAUCAGCGCUUAUGGAUGGUUCAUCUGGAAGAGAUGGUGAAAGAGACAGAGAAGAGAUCUGAUGAAAAUGUCACCAAACUCUCCGAAGGGAUUGCCCAAGUCUGCCGGCUGACCUCUGAAAUAGAGGAGAGAUUUGAGCAGCCAGAAAAUAAAUUCUUACAGGUGAGAUUUAAAAACCAUCUCUCUCUUUUUCAGAACGUCAACAAAGCUUUAGACAGGUCUCGGGAGAACAUAGAAGAAUACAUCCGUGAUAUUUCUUCCCAACUGGAAGAUAGACUCAAAUUUGCCUGUCUUAAAAAUUCUAUCUUAGACAAUGCGGUGCAGAAUUAUAAAGAGUAUGUGGACAAAGCUCUGAGUCCAGCCAUUUUGGAGCGAACCAUGGAUGCAGGGAAUCUGAAGAAAUUGGCAAAUAAAGUGAGUGUGACUCUUGAUCCGGACACAGCCCAUCCUUACCUCAAUCUGUCUGAGGAUCAGAAGGUCGUAACAUGGGAAUCCAAGAAGAAGAAAAGGGAAUAUUUGAAGAAGACCAUGCCGAACAACUCAGAGAGAUUUAGCUGGGAGACCUGUGCCCUUGGCUGUCAGAAGUUUACCUCUGGGAUCCAUUGGUGGGUUGUGGAAACAUUAGGGCCGGGAAGUUGGACGAUCGGCAUUGCAAGGGAGUCCAUGAAGAGAAAGGGGGUUUUGCAGUUAAGCCCUCAAGAAGGGGUCUGGUCUUUGAGGAAGCCGUUCAGGGGUGCUGCGUACUUUGCUUGUGAGAUCUUGGCAGUCGUCUUACCCGAACCAAUUGUUUUGACCUUGGCUCAAGAGCCCACCAAGAUUCUUGUGGCCCUGGAUUAUGAGGGUGGCCGGGUGGAUUUCUUUGAUGGUGAUACCAACGCAUUCAUCUUCUCUUUUCGUAUAGAAUCUCUCUCCGGGGAAGCGAUCCGACCCUUUUUCGAACUGAGGGAAUGGGGUUUCUCUUUGCAGUGCUUAAGCUGAGCUCAGGAAAAAGUUAGGCAUGGCUUUUUUUGGACAGCAACUCCCAGAACCAUCCAGCCAAGGAUGCUGGGAGGUCCGGAGUCACAAAACCUGACUUCCCAAGUUCUGAAUUAGAAUUAGACAAGAUCAGGCUGUCAGCAUGGAGUUGUAAAAUACUAAUAGGAAAGAAUGGUCACUUGUUAAAUCAAUUUCUUUUAAUUUAGAUUUUUUUUAAUCAUAACUAUUUAUUGCCUUGCAGAUGUGUCACUUUGCUGCUGCUGAUGUUUUUGAUGGUAUUUGAUCAUUUUAUACAUGUUUUUAAUAGGGAAAUAAAGUUUUGUUUGGAAGAUUCUUCAA